AUGCCAUUAUCUGCCACGGAAGUGGCUAUAUCGGCUGAGCUCACGAAGUUACGAGAAUCUCCGCUCGCUAUCCCAUCAGAAGCUACCCUCAAACUUCUCUCUGAUCAUUUACUCGGGCGUCCUCACACUACCAAUGUGUUCUCGCGGCCAUUCACACAUUGGUUCUGCGUUCGGGCUGACGCUAUCACGCGUGAAACAGCAGCCUUUCUCAUUCGACUUCAUGCAUAUAAUGACCAAUCCAAUUCAGUGAAGUUGUGGAGGCAACAAUUCAGAGCAUGUCUAGCCGGGUGUUGCGAAUGCGUGAAGGGAUUCCAGGAGGCCAAGGUGACCACAAGGCAUACAUACUUUGGUGCGUUCAGUGAUUCCACAUUGCAGCGAUUCUACGAGAGUCUCGAUGGCUGGGAGGUCGAAUCCGUUCUGGCGGCGCUGUCGGAAGUACAUAUUGCCCCGUCAGACUCCCGUAGCGGUUUCGAAAGGAGUUUGUCGAUGGCACCACCUGCUGUCGUAUAUCAUAUCUUCACGAAUCUGCGUAUCAUGGGAGACCCCAGCGUGGUUAAUGUUCUUCAUACCUUCCCCCCGAACACGUCUAUUACAGAAUGGCCUUCAGAUUGCCCUCCUCCCGGGUUGUUUUACGCGCUCCUGGCCGAGCAACCAGAAGUUAGAGCUUGGGCCGAGAGUCAAAUAUCAUCAUACCAGUUGACACCAAUGCCAGCAAAGGGCUUUCUGCGAGAACAUCGUGCCAUACUGGAGUCCGUCAGCAAGGUUGUAUCUACGAGAACUACGAGCGGGGCGGCUGGCGGAGAAACCCCAUUUCCACUCGUGGACGAAGCCAAUAUCCUUUGGUCGAACUUCCUUCUCAUUCUGCGCCUAAUCCCGGUACCGUUUCUACGUCCCGGGAAGUCAUACGACUUAGACAUUCGCCAUCUUGUGAUUGGCCAUUUACACGACAGUGGUACUCACUUUGUUGAUGUUCUAAAGUGUUUCCUCUUACUUGUGAAUCGACUUGGCUCUAGUAUGUGGGAGGCGGAAGUGGUCGACUUUCCUCAGAUUGUCUUCAAUUCUAUCAAGGAUAAUCCGCGCUAUCUUGAGUCUUUGCAAAAUCUUGGGGUGGUGCGAAAGGAUAAUUGGUAUCUCAAUUGGAUAGAGGCAUUUGUCAAGACGGUCGCAGAUAUGGUCGUGUUCAAGGAGAUCCUUCCUAUCGUAACGCAUUUUUUAGUGGAGGAGUUACAGCAUGAGCGAUUUCAAGAGCUGCGGCCGGCCGCUAUGACCAUUGCUCUCAGAGUACUUUUGGCUGUACUCGAUCACGCGGACGAAGAAAACAUGCCCCUCGAACGAAUCCUUGUACAGGAGAUCAUGGAUGUUCAUACCGGUAUCUUCGUAUCUGUGUCAUACGCACGGAAGUUUAUGGACGACAAAUGGGCUGAGGCACGCGCACUCACGCGGAAGCUGCUGGCCCGUUCUUUAACAGAAGAUAUCAAAAGCAUAUCGUCCGCUAUCGUAGCUCUAUCUAGAUCUACCGCUGACCCAUCCCAACUUCCUGCUUUGCACAUCCGGGAGCAGAUUUGGAAACAACUCUAUGACACCAUCCAACCUAGCGACCAAGAAGGCAUCUCAGAGAUCAUCGCGGCUCUUGCUCAAAUUGCACAUAUCGAUGAUUUGAAGGAUUCUAUUUUCGCGGACCGUAUUGGCAAGUCUCCUCACCGUCAAAAGUAUAAAGACCUUAUCGAUGGAGUAAACCAAGCUCUGGCUAUGGUUCGCGACGGCUUCAAUAAUGUGGUCACUAGAUUCAUUGACCUCAGCCUCCCAUCUGUCAUGAUCGAACUCUUUCGUAGGUCCGGAGUCGUGCGGAAUAUCAUUAUGCUUAUGCUGUCUCCUGCGGAGCCUAUACAAGAAGCGGCGCAAGCUCUUGUAGGUUCGGCGUACGAUGUUGAAGUCCGCAUGGACUGUUUUCGGGCAGCAUUGGAGAAUUCACCCGACGCUGCCUUGAAUGGCAUUUGCGACAUGUUGGGGACCUUUACCCGUCACGCGCAAGUGGUUCCGGAAGCCUGCAGUCUUUCCAAAGCUUUGGCUCGCUGCCUGACAGACAUCAUCGAUGUGCUAUGUUCUGGUCCUGAUGGAUUGUUGCACAAGCAGGCAUUUUUGACGACCGGCCUAGGUGACACCAUUCCCAGUCAGCUGCCCAAGUGGUGGAGUCUGAUGACAAACGCGCUGUCUGUGAUCUUCUCAAGGACGCCUAGAUGGGCUAUUUUCUUCGACAACGCGGAUAUGGUUCUGUGGAUGCGUGAUGCCCUCAUUUUUGGACGUGAUAUGCUGGCACAACGGCGGGUGAUAGAGUCUGCAACCCUUGUGAUCGGCCAGCGUCCAGACGAUUCUCGCAACAAACUAUCCCGGGUUGGUAAAAAGAUGGUCGAGGACCUGCAGUCAGUAGUCUUUGAGCUGACGCGUUGGCUCCGUCUUACGGAUGAGGAGCUCUUGCACCAAUCGUUUUCUCUCCUAGAGUCGCUGCUCAAAUGUUUCCAAGAGACAUCGACUCCUCCGAAGAAAGAGGCACUCCAGAAAAUCCAAAAGCACAUAGAUGAUGGUCGCAAGAACGAUCCUAAUCGACCCCAGACUAGGCUGGAUGCUGCUCGCUUGGCGAGACUCGAAGAUGCCAUCAGUGUCUUUGAAGACGACGAUGAAAUUCAGAUCAUUUCUCAUCAGAUACCUGAGGUGAAGAUUCGAGGAUCAUCUGGCAAGGAGCGUGCGAGCAUCGGUCUUGUCCACAAACCAUCUGUCGGAGCUGAACGGCAAUCGAAAGAGAUUCAGCGCACCAGGUUUCUCACUAAGAACACAUCAAUCUCGAAUUAUUUCACCUCCAAGGAUCAACAGAAACUGGUGUCGGAAUCAGCAUUUCCCAAGCUUGGCAAGAACCAGUCUACAGCGGUGGUAUCCGUACAGAAGCCAACAGUCAGUGUGAAGGAUGAGCGUCCCUCGACGCGACCCACGACAGAAGAGUCUGGUAGUGAGCGCGAAGAAAGCGACGAUGACGAACCCGACACGGGGUUGGCGGAACUCUCGAAACUACAGCGAACACCAGUAGUCAAAAAGCCCGUGGAACGUAGGCAGGUAAUGAGGCUCGACGCUCCUACGACGAUACGAAAUUCAGCGUUGACUCGGGUUCAAAACCGGGAGGAUGCUCGGAGAACUCAGAUGCGGCUCAAACCUGACAUCUCCGGACUUCAUAAAACCUUAUUGUCAUGGAAUUACGAUCAUGAGGGGCCCAAUCCUCCCGGGAACCCGAUAAAGCUCGCUGCAGUGCCAGACCGUUUCACAGACGUCCAUCAUUUUCGCAAUAUAAUGGAGCCAUUACUACUGCUGGAAUGCUGGACGCAACUGAUCGAGUCUAAAGAAGAGGCGCAAGAGACUUACGAGUGUCAUAUAGGGAGCCGUCAGUUUGUCGAUGAAUGGGCUGAAAUCGAGGCGUCUAUCACGCAAAUCGUCAAGAGGGAUUGGAAUCUCUCAGAUGCGGAUGUAGUUCUUCUUCGGCAUCCCGCCAGCCGCCAGCCUGCUUUAGGGAAAGUACAGAAUUACAGGGCGUCGCCUAUGGGCAUUCAGGUCACGAUACGAUGCUUGGCUCGCGGUGGCGAUCCUGGUUUGCAACCCAAUACCGUCUGGUUGCUAAGUAAAGUGCUUAACCUCACAACACUCCAUCGAGAAUAUGGUGCUCUGAUGGCCUUGCCAUAUUACGAUUCUUGUGAUACUGUCUUGCGUGCCAAUUUAUCGCUGCCCAGCCCCUCAGAUAGUAGGGAAGUGCAGACGACUAUGAAGGCGUAUAGUGUCAAUGAACCACAAGCCAAGGCUAUCCUAUAUUCGUUGAAGGCCGAUGGAUUUGCCUUGAUUCAAGGUCCGCCUGGUACAGGCAAGACGUCAACCAUCUGUGGUUUGGUUCAUGCCUUCUUGUCACGACGACCGAAGCCUGCUACUUUGGUAGCUGUAGGGCGGACUACAAACAUGCCAAAUAAGGAACCAGUCAAGAAGGUUCUGCUCUGUGCCCCAAGUAAUGCUGCUAUCGACGAAAUAGCAUUUCGUCUCAAGGAAGGCGUGUCCGGCGCAGGUACCCAGCCAGUCUCACCAAAGGUUGUUCGAGUCGGCACUACUGCUAGUAUGAAAGCUGUCGUCAAAGACAUAUCCUUAGAACACCUGAUUGAACAGAAGAUCAACGCCAACCCUUCUAUUGGAGGUUCAGCCGAUUCCGGAAGUGAUAUCAUGCGCUUACGUGCUGAGUUGGAGUCUGUCAAAACGCUGAGACAACAGAAGUUAGAUGAGAUCUCUAAUAUUCACGACAACGCUGCAAAGACCCUGUCAUUGGAAGAGGAGGUCAAAAGGCUCAACAAGCAGAGAUUCGCUCUCACCCAGCAAUUUGACAAGCUGAAGGACAAGCAGAAGUCGGAUUCCCGAACGAUGGACGCGACUCGCCGACGAUUUCGCACGGAGGUACUUUUGGAGGCUGAUGUGGUCUGCAGUACCCUAUCUGGAGCAGCAUACGAGUACCUGGAACAGCUUGAUUUCGAGCUGAUUGUCAUUGACGAAGCCGCUCAAGCGAUUGAGCUCAGCUCAUUGAUACCACUGAAAUAUCGAUGUAGGCGGUGUAUCAUGGUUGGAGAUCCACAACAACUUCCUCCGACAGUGAAAUCGCAGGAGGCGUGCAAGUUUGGUUAUAAUCAGUCCUUGUUCGUGAGAUUUCAGAGGCAGCGACCUGAAGCGGUUCACCUCUUGAGCAUUCAGUAUCGUAUGCAUCCUGAUAUAAGUCUAGUGCCGAGUCAGCUCUUUUACGAUAGGAAACUUCAAGAUGGGCCGGACAUGGCGACAAAAACCAAGAGACCUUGGCAUUCAAAUGAGAAACUGGGCACGUACCACUUUUUCGAUGUGGCCGGUGGUCGUGAAGAAGCCGGCCGCAACCAUUCUUUCAUCAAUCGGGCUGAAUGUCAAGUGGCCAUUGCAUUAUUUAAUCGACUUCGUCGCGAAUAUUCAACAUUCGACUUUGACUACAAGGUUGGCAUCGUUUCCAUGUAUCGAGGCCAGAUAUUUGAACUACGGCGAAUGUUCGAGCAACGAUUCGGCGCGGAUAUCUCGUCGAUCGUCGAUUUCCAUACUGUUGAUGGCUUUCAGGGUCAAGAGAAGGAUGUAAUUAUCUUAUCGUGCGUUCGUGCUGGACCAAAUGUUCAAACUGUGGGCUUCUUAAGAGACAUGAGGCGAAUGAACGUGGCCUUGACACGAGCCAAGUCGUCUCUUUUUGUGCUAGGUCACGCCGCUACCCUUGAGAGAAGUGAUGGCACAUGGCGACAGAUCAUAUCCGAUGCGAGAGAAAGAUCUCGUUUAGUCAAUGUUGAUGUUUCCUAUUUCACGACGCCAACGAAUGCGACGAGGCCUGCCCAUGUCCCAACUAAAGCACCGAAGCCGCAGUCUAAAAAACUGCCACCACUUCCUCCAGGCCUUAUGCCCGUUCAUGAACUCAACUCACGCACGGACAAUACAGAACCCGAGACGACCAGACCGUCAGGAGACCAAGCGCAGAUUGUUCCAAACCUCACAGAGGAUGCAGUGCGAGCUGGCCUGCCGCAAUUGGGCGAAACCAGCGUCGGUCAAAAGCGACCAGCUCCUGACGAUGAUUUGAGGCAAUCCGCGCAAGCUUCCACGAACCAGCAAGCUAAUCGCCAAGAUAGACCCAGACCUCCUCCAAAGAAACGCCCCAAGCCAGCCCCCAGUCUUUUCAUACCAAAGAAUAGACGCGCGCCCCAGUGA